AUGUAAAUGAAUGUGUGACAAAUACACACAGGUGUAACCUGCAUGCAGAGUGCCUCAACACCGAAGGAUCGUUCAAAUGCAAAUGUAAACAGGGCUACCGAGGAAGCGGAUUUGAUUGUGCUGUUAUCCCUGAAAAGUCAGUGAAGGAAAUUGCAAGAAUCCCUGGAACAGCUAAGGACACAAUUAAGAAACUUCUUGCACAUAAAAACAGUGUGAAAAUGCAGGAAACUCUCAAGAAUACAAUCCCAGAAACAGCCGUGACACCGUCUUCUAAGACUCACUUGCAGUUAUUGGACUAUAAAGGUGUUGAUCUUGGUGGGAGCUACAGUGAGGAGGAGAAACAAACUGAAGCUGCUGAAAAAGAGGAGGCAGAAGAGUCAGAUGAAGAUGAAAAGGAAGAUUUUGAGAAUCAGAUCAACCAUGAGAAAAGACUUAGAGGAGAUGUCUUUUUUCCCAAGUUAAUAGAAGCAGCUGCCUUUGGCCCUCUCCCUGCAGAGAAGAAAGCUCCAAAGUCAAGACCAGAGCAAGAAGUUGAUUGUAGCUUCAGUCAAGGAGUCUGUGACUGGAAACAAGAUGCUGAUGAUGACUUCGACUGGAAUCCUGCUGAUCGAGAUAGAGGAGAUGGGUACUACAUGGCAGUUCCAGCUUUUGUGGGGCACAAGAAGGAUAUGGGGCGCCUAAACCUUCUCCUCACCAACCUCAAACCAAAGAGCAGCUACUGCCUGAUUUUCAGUUAUCGGCUUGCUGGUGAGAGAGUGGGGAAACUUCGGGUGUUCCUGGCAAACAAAAAACCUGCUCCUGUCUGGGAGGAGAGCAAAGGAAAAGAUGAAAGGUGGAGAACUGGAAAAGUAGAGAUAUUUCAGGGGGCUGAAACCACCAAUAGUAUCACUUUUGAAUCAGAACGUGGGAAGGGCAAAACUGGAGAAAUUGGAGUGGACAAUGUUAUACUCAUUUCUGGUCUAUGCCCAGAAGAUACCUGAUAAUGGAUAUUUGAGCGUACUGGAUUUAAUACUAUUUUUAAUAUUUGCCUUACUAGUAGUGUAUUUUUGUAUCAUUUUGUUCUUCAUAAAAAAAACAAAACCAUAA